CAACUACAAACAUGUUUAGUGUAUUAUGCCAGCAGGGACUUAAAGCUAGUGCCUUCUUUGUCUAAGCAACACAGCCUUAGUGUUAGCUUCUGCAUGUUUUCUUACACCGUUUUCAGAUUUUUCUGGGAAUUUUGUUGUGGAGUGCCUUGGAGGUAACUUUCUAUACAUCAGAAUAAGAAUAAGAUACUAUUUUUCUCUUAAGGUACUUUUACUGUUGGAGCUGUAAAAUAUCAGGUAUGUAUAUUUCUAAUUCUUAAUACCCUCUUAAAAUGUAUUUUGCUUCUGAAUUAAGCAAUUCCUGAGUAUAUGUCUUUAUAAAAUAUGCAUUAUACAUCUGCAUAAAAUAUGUGAUACUGCACUAUUUGAUAUUGCAAGUACAUUAAUAAUCUCUAAAACCAACCCCUUAGGCUAUUAAUUUUUGCUAUGCUUUAGCUAGCAAGUACUGUACUGUAUUAUACUAUAUUGCUAAAGCACUGAAAGUACUAAUUUAAAACAUCUGUCAGUUGCCAUUUGACUGUUUAAGCCAAUAGAGGUAAGAACUGUGGAACGGCUGAAAGCUGGACAAGUUAUGGUUAACUGAAAUGAGGUGUUAGUGAGGAAUAUUUGUCAUUUUGAACACACAGCUUUACAAUAUUUUUGUCAGUAAAGCAACAGGCAUAUGUAUAAAAUGUCUUGAAACAGAAGCUCUAUAAUUAUUUUGUUUUUAAUUUAAAACCAGAUUUUUGUAAUGCCAGUAUUUUGUGUGCUUAAAAUGCUGGUUUUCAGUGUAUGAUGUCCUUCAUGCAAGUUGUCAGUGUUUUAUACGCUUUUCUGAAGAGCUGUACAGCAGCAAGAUGCUGGCCAGUAUGGGUGAGCACACCUGAAGCUGAACAUCCACUUGUGCUCUGGAAGUACUCCAGUAUUUUUUGUUAGAAUACAGCCUUUAAGCUCUGCAUGAUGUAAUUUGCUUACAGAAGGGAGAAUGUCUUAUAAGGGCUUCCAAGAAAGCAGAGCAACAUUCUCCAACUUGCUUACUGAUCAGUGCUGGAUAUUUCUGAAGAAAGGUCAAGAUGACUUCAGAGAUGGCUUUCCUUCUUCACCUGAUAACAUGCUUGUUAAUGGCAGGAAGCAGCCUGUCUCAAUUACCCUUGAGAACAGCACACUAAAAUCUUCGUGCAGAGCUCCAUGGAAGAAAAGGAACUAGUGCAGCAGAGCAGAGGUCUGUCUUUCCAAGCUCAGUAGUCUGCUGCAGCAAGCCAGGACGGAUUAUGUUGCACAAAUGGAGUGCUGUCUGAGCCAGCACCCUUCAGUGUGCUACCCAUGCUUGGAAAAAAGCACCUCCCCUAAGAACUUGAAAGAGGUUGCAGGUGUCCUGGAUCCUGAUAUGAUACUGAAGAGUAAAGCUGGCUACAGUGGCUAUGAGAACCAGCCUGGUCAGGAGGUGCUGGGUCUUAUGGAGGACAUGCACAAAGUAACAGCUUCCAAGACACAAGUACAUGGCAAGGGGUCUCAAGUCCAAACCCUGUGUGCACAGCUUCCCAAGAAGGUAGCAGCAAGAAUAAAAGAGGCCACGCUGGCUGACGUUGUUGCCCAUGACGAACAUGUAAAGCAAGCAACCAAGCAUUUUUGUGACUGGGUUAUGUCUUUGGGUGUAGGGAAUUGGAAUAUUGAUGAAGAUACUUUCAUGAGCUUGCUCAACACCAGCUGUGAAAGGGAGAUCACCGUCCCUUCACUUUUCAAUGCUGUGAAAUUCAUCAACAUGGAAACAAAGCAGCUCAAGAGCCGGGACAUUUCACCUCCCCAGUUAGCUGUCAGGAGUUCUCACUACCUUAGGAACCUGCCCUGCCAGGUUAAGGUCCCUUCCCAAACAAAAUGGGAGAAGAUCAGGUAUGGAGCAUGGUAUCUUGAUCCCAAAACAUGGAGAAAACAGAAAGCAAAUGAACCAUUAAAAUAACAAGAGGCCACAAUCAACAGCCUUGGGAGUGCAAAGAACUGGUUUGAAAAGGUACUGUGAAAGUGAAAAGCAGCAUAAUUCUUCUGUGACAUAGCUAUGAGGUUUUCUCACAGGGAUGUAUCUGGGCACUUUACUGUACUUGGCAGCCACAAACAGAUGUGGAACAGACCAUGUUAUCCAAGCUGAGAUCACCAUGGUUCCAACAGGCUCACUGACUUGGAUUAGCCGUGGCUUCAUGGCACCAAUAUGUGAACAAUAGUCUCAGAAGGCAAGUAAGCACAAAUCAGGCUUAAAUAGCUGUUGCACAUUUAGUUCAUUUAAAAAUGUUCUAGGGUGUGCUUACUUGGUUUAGUUGUCCUGCAAUACCCACCUUGACAAAGGUGCUGGAUUCAGCUGUGGGACAAGGUGGUGUUAGGAGGAGUUUGAGGAGCAGGCAGGUUCAGCUGCUGGCCUUAGAUGUAGGUUUAGUUUCCACUUUAUUAAAAAAAAACAUAAAUUAUUCCACCUUCACACUUAGGACUCAGUACAAAGGGAAAACGGUGUUAAUGCUCUAGAGGGCAGUCCUUCCAAAGGUCAAACUGAGGAGCUGCUGUGACUAAAACCAUGCCACAUGCGAAAGGCUGGCAAGCUGUUGACAAGUGUUGCUCC